AUGACCACCGAGCCCUCGGGAGAGGGCGGAGCCGCCAGCAACCCCACACAUGGCUCCCCCGAGGCCUCCCUGUCCAACAGCAGGUCUACAGACUGCCCAACAGCGGGGUCCCAAGGUCAAGUCCCCGACCCUACGGAUGUCCCAGUGGUGCUGGGCAGCCCUGCGACAUCCGCUGAACAGCAGGAUGCAGAUCAGGGCUCCUUCGAGACAGCUACCUCCGAGGCCAAGUCAGCAUCUGGGGACAGAGACGAGGAUGCAGUUGCUCCCAGCGACAGCCAGGAGACGACCAAAGGGAUCACACUUUUGCUCCCCAGACACCUAGGUGCCCCACAAAUGUCCAUGAGCCUCCAGGACCUUUCAUGGGACAGGCUGGUUCAAGAGGCAAGGGAAACUCAGAGUCUGGGGACUUUCCCAAGUCACUCCCCGAGUGAGGACAACACCCCACAAGUGGAGAGUAUUUCCAGCGAGGAGCCGGAAUUAGAUCCCCCUGCCCCACGUGCUGAGGAACAGUCCACCCGGAACGCAGAACUUCCACCCACCGUGAAUGACACUGCUAAGUCCCCUAUAGACGCCAAGGGUCACCCUCAGGUCACCAGCACCAUCAAGCCUGUUGAGGAGAAAGCUGAGGGUACAAAGGCCUUACGUGUGGACACCAAAGCUUUGCCGUCAGAUAAGUCCCACGUGGCGACAGGGGAGGAUGUGGUGGAUGGCCCAGGAGAGCCACAGGCUCGAUCUUACUCUCCCUCCCCAGGAGACGGCGUCCCCCUAUUGCCUGGCCCCAACGAGAUGGCCCUGGAGGGGACGCCCCUGGACCCCAACCUGUACAUGGCCAGCGAGGAGAACAGCUACAUGCGCUCCAUGAGCAGCUUGCUGGGCGGGGGCGAGGGCUCCAUCAGCUCCCUGGCAGACAUCCUGGUGUGGUCCGAGACCACCACGGGCAUGGGCACAGCCUUGGGCUUCCUGGCCUCUGGCCGCAGCACGGUGGCAGACGUGCUGCACAGCACGGGGCCCAGCCUGCGCUCCGUCUCCAGCAUCCUGGGCAGCGCCAGCUCAGCCUUCUCCUCCGGGCUGGCUUCAGGGACUGGCUCCGCCCUGCGCUCUGUCACCCACGUGCUAGAGACGGUGGAGCGGAGGACCGUGGAGGGCAUCCGCUCGGCCGUGCGCUACCUCAUCAGUCACCUCACCCCACGCCCGGCCCAUGCUGGCCCCAACUGUGAUUAGA